AUGAUUCUGCCAUUUUUUCUCCUGUUUCUUGGAGUUUUUGCUCAAAAUGAAACUACCACUGAAGCUCCUGACCCAAUCUAUUCGGAUGCAAGAUGCUUACCCGAGUGCAUAUUUGAGUCAAACAUUAUCGAAACUCGUUCGAUCGAAUAUUUUCCUCAAAACUGCACUACAGUAUGCGCUCCCCAUGGUUUGCACAUUAGCAUAUCAACGGACUAUACUGAAAAGCAACUCAUUGAUAUUCUGAAAAAUAUGAAGCAUGUGAUUGGGAAUUUAUAUGUGUCACGCAGUAAAUAUAAAUCAUGCAAAAUGUUGGAAAAUUUGGAAACAGUUGAUUGCUAUAAUUAUGGAAGUUUCUGGAUUGAAAUGAACAAUCAAAUGACGGAAGUUGGUAUGCCAAAACUCACAAACGUUUCCUGCCGAGUUUGGAUCAGUAACACCAACAUGACAAGAAUGAAUCUUCCAAACAUGAUGCUUGUCAAGUCGCCAGUUGUGAACUAUUCAACAAUCGAUGUUGAAAUAUACUAA